GUUGAUGCGUUCUUGUUUAUGCAGUGACUGAAAACCCAGUGGCAGAAAAAGUGGAAGAAAUGAAUCACAAAGACGGCACUGAUUCUUGGUUUUCUCAAAGGCCGGAAACGCCCCCUUGGGAUGCAGCAGAGUAGAAUCAACUAAUUUCUGCAGGGCCGAUGCUGCCACUACUAGAGCAGUACGCGGGCAUCGGUUCUUAUGACUCAACCACACUUAGGGGGAUACCAUAGCAAGUUCAGUCACAGGGCGCUAACGCUGACAAAUGUACGGGCGACCAACUUCAAGUAGCUAAUGUGGCAAAUCAAGGACCUUCAUGCAGCACGUGGCAUCAGGCGGCAACCAUGUACCUGCCAUCAACGUCGUACACAGGUUGUUAUGGUGCAACCACAUCGGCAAACGUCUCAUGGAAAGCUUCACAGUUGCAGGACAACGUUAUUGCAGAUAGAGCACAUCAAAAUGGAAUGACAAACCAGAUACGAUCAGCACAUGUGACACAACAAGGACCUUCAACUACAAUCAACAGCGGCGUGGGGACAUCUACUGCGGGAAGCUCUGAGCGCAUGGAAGAAGCAUUCAACCAGCCAGCCAACAAUCAUGCCACAAACAAUGCGGAGUCAGUGUCGGAAAUGGCAAUCGUUCUAGCAAUGUCGACAAGCACACCUUUGCACACCAGCACAGGCAACACUCAAGCAGAUGAAACAGCAGCCGAUACUGAAGUGAAUGAUGAAACUGAUGACGAAGCACAAGGGGAUGAGGAUGGUGGGCAAUCAGAAAUCAUGGUACCUCAGCCACCGUAUGUUGGGCAGAGAUUUGAUUUGUUCGAAGAUGCCAAGGAAUUCUACCAGAGAUAUGCAAUGUUCCAUGGGUUUGCGGUCAACACCGAAUACCAUAGGAAAAUUAAAAAAACUAACGAGUACAGCAGAUGUGAGAUGAGGUGCUACAAGGCCCGAAGGAACAAGAAGGGUAAAAUGUGUUGCGCCUGUCGUUCCGGAACGUAAGAGAGGUAUCACUGUCA